AUGGAAAUCACAUCACCUGACUCCACAAGUAAUCAGGUGGCUAGCUCAAGCGUUAGCAGAGCAAAGGAGCUGACGGAGGAGCUGCAACGCCUCCAGGAGCACGUGGAAUCUCUCAAUGCAGUCACAAUGCAGGAAAAUGUUGCUAAGUUAUCCCAGCAAGUCACUGCCAUUACUGAUAAGCUCAAGUCCACUCUUACCAAGGUCUCUAUGGGCAAGGAAGCGGAGGGCUCUGGCCCGUCAACGGCUGGGGCUGCCCCUGCCGCAUUGCCGGGCCCUGCUGGCGGCGCCGCCCGCGGCAAGAUUGACAAGAUGAGCGCUGAGGUGGUGGACUCAAAUCCGUACAGCCGGCUGAUGGCGCUACAGCGGAUGGGCAUCGUGGAAAACUAUGAGCGCAUUCGGACCAAGACGGUUGCGGUGGUGGGUGUGGGCGGUGUGGGCAGUGUGGCUGCGGAGAUGCUGACCCGCUGCGGGGUGGGUCGGCUGCUCAUCUAUGAUUACGACAAGGUGGAGCUGGCCAACAUGAACCGCCUUUUCUUCAGACCGGAGCACUGCGGUAUGACUAAGACGGAUGCGGCUCGCAAGACAUUGCAGGAGAUCAAUCCCGAUGUGGAGGUGGAGAGUUAUACCAUGAACAUCACUACACUGCAGGGCUUCGAUGCGUUCAAGUCCUCUCUUCUUGGCCCCGACGGAGUGAGCUCUCGCGUGGACCUGGUGCUGAGCUGUGUGGAUAACUACGAGGCCAGGAUUACCAUCAACCAGGUUUGUUUGGAGCUGCAUCAGACCUGGAUGGAGAGCGGCGUGAGCGAGGAUGCGGUGGCGGGGCACAUACAGCUGCUGGUCCCGGGCCUGACCGCCUGCUUCCAGUGCGUACCUCCGCUGGUAGUGGCUUCCGGCAUUGACGAGCGCACGUUGAAGCGGGAGGGCGUGUGUGCCGCCUCCCUACCCACCACCAUGGGCAUUGUGGCGGGAAUGCUGGUGCAGGCGGCGCUCAAGCACCUGCUGGGAUUUGGAACCGUGUCGAAGUACCUAGGCUACAACAGCCUCAAGGACUUCUUCCCCACCAUGGAGAUCAAGCCCUCAGCUGCCUGCGUCAACUCGCUGUGCUGUAAGCUACAGCAGGAGGAGGAGGCGCGGAGGAACAGCCCGGAGGCGCGGGCGGCACGGGCGGAGCAGGAGGCGGCGGCGGCGGCGGCAGCAGCUGCGGCGGCGGCGCCGUUGCACGAAGAGAACGAGUGGGGGAUAGAAGUGGUGGCCUCCCCAGAGGAGCACACGGGGGGCUCCUCACCGGCACCAAGUAGCACUGUCGCCGCCGCCGCCGCCGCCGCCGGCGGCGGCUCGGUCCCCUCGACGACCCCCAACCCCACUUCCCCCUCCACCUCUGAUGACAUCACUUCGGGGCAGCAGCCGGAGGCCACGGCACCGGCGGCGGCGGCGCCCGCAGCCCCGGCGGAUCAACCCGUCCUGGCGGCUGGUGUGGAGUUUUCCAUGCCCACGGAUCGCGGUGUGGAUGCGGCGACGUUGGCGGCGGAGGGUAUUGUGGCGGUGGAUGCGAGCACGGAGGACCUGAUGGCGCAGCUGGCGGCGCUAACCGGGACGGGAGCGGGCACGGGGACAGACCGGGGGGGUGCUGUCAGGAAAGCCCUAGGGAUGGCCUGCGACCAGCUGACAGGAACCAGAUUGCAGUCGUACGUGGUAGCUGAAUCAAUCUGUCGAUGAAGCCGCCGUGACACAUAUCGGCUCGUAUGAUUAUGUACUCCUCACCCCACCUCACACCACCUCACCUCGCUUGGCGACGCACCCUCUACCCUUUAUUGACCCGCAACGCUCACCAACCAACCGCUCCAUGCAUAGCCGACAAGAAAAACAUUAGCAUGACGAAAAAACAUCAGCCGACUUAGGACCGACAUGCGCCGACUUACCAUUCGCGAAAUGCACCUCCUGUUGCACAUGCGUCCUCCCAGGUGCCCACCUUCCCCUCCUCCUCCCCUCCUAACUACUUCAAUUUCUUCUCGGAGGUGCACAAGAUGCACUCACACAAACACACAUUUGCCGCACAUGCUCCCUCCUCUCCUCUCCCCCCACUCACUCCCUCCUUGUGUCUGCUUAUCACUCCAGUGCACCGAGGGGCUGCACCACCACCACCACCACAACAACAAAGUCAUGGUGGAU